UCCAUUCAUCUUCUCUUCAGGCAAAAGCUUAGGUUCCUUCGUCACUACUCAAACACCAUCGACAAAUUCACCUCCCAUAUAAAUCCAUUUCAUUCACACUCGUCGAUUGUCUUUGAUUUCAAAUAUGAGGACGUCGUUGCCGGAAGACCUCCUAAACCCGCCAGAAAACUUUGCAGACUCACCGGAAACUAAAUUUUCCGACUUACCGGAGAAUUGUAUAUCACAUAUCCUGUCUCUAAUGGGAUUGCCUAAAGAGGUUUGCAGGAUGGGUUUGGUGUCGAAAGUUUUUCUGUCUGCUUCGAUUGCUGAUACGGUGUGGGAGAGGUUGAUGCCUCCUGAUAUUAUUGAUGGGGUUUUGAAAAGAUCUGUUUCUGAAGUGGUUUUUGAUUCGAAAAAGGAGUUGUUUUUGAAGCUGUGCUUCUCGCCCAUUCUCAUUGAUGGUGGGAGGAAGUGUUUCUCAUUGGAUGUAUCAACUGGUAAGAAAUGCUACAUCAUAUCUGCAAGAGAAAUGACAAUUAUAUGGGGAGAUGAUGAGCGUUACUGGCACUGGAAUUCUCUACCUGAAUCAAGGUUCUCUGAAGUGGCGACACUCAGCUCAGUUUGUUGGCUUGAGAUCAAUGCUGAACUCAACGCCUCUAUGCUAUCUCCCAAGACCCAAUAUGUUGCUGUCUUUGUCAUGAAAUACACUGAGCACCCAUAUGGUCUAGGAUACCCAUUAGCCAAACUCUCACUAUGCAUGGCCAACCAAGCAAGCCCUUCUACAAAGAUGGCAUCCCUACUACCCUUAGAUAGGAGGGUAAGGCGUUUUUGGAGGAGCCCUCUUCGAGCUUGGAACCUAGGGCCUGUGUUACCUCCAGAACAGCUGGAGACCAUACAACUUCCUCGAUCCCAAGAACCUGGGGUUGUGCCAAAUCCUCGGCCUGAGGGCAAUGGGUGGAUGGAAUUGGAGGUUGGAGAGUUCUUUGUAGAUGAAGAUAGUGGAAAUGUGCAAUUCAGUUUGUUGGAGAUUGAGGGGGGACAUUGGAAGAGUGGGAUCAUCAUCGAAGGGCUCGAAAUUCGCCCCAAGGGUUGUUAAGUCGAGUUUGGGGGCUCAUUGGCAAGGGGUGUUUUCGAAAAUGGACAUGAUGUAAAUAUCUUCAAUGAGUAGUAUUUUGGAAGUUGUGGUGUAUAAAGGAACUGUGUUUUCUUCUCAAUUUUUAAGAUACAGAUCAUUCAUGUUCAAGAGUUGGCUUUUCUCGACUUUUAUGGUGCACAUUGAGACCUCUUGCAUGUUGAAUGCUUUAGCUUUACCGCAGGCUGCUAUUGUAUCCAUUCAUGUUCACCACUUUUGAACCCUCGGACAAUGGAGGUGAAGCCCAAUGCUGCAAGUAUGCACUUCGGGCUUGGUUAUGGA